UGACCGCCUGCGGGUCUGAAACCCGUUUUUGAAGAGGAAACUUCAUAAAGUUAAACAGCAACCCACACUUUCAAUUAUGAUUCCUACAUGUGAACAGUGAGUGUUUAUACUUCUUUUGAAACGGACAGAAAUCCAAAUUUACGAAGAGUGCGUGUUUCGAUUCACCGAAUUAAAUUCCUAGUGUUUAACUAUCGGCUUACAAUAUGAAAGAAACUAUAUUAGCUCCGAUUUUAUUUUUUAUACUUUUGAAUGUUAUUACAAAUGUUAAGUUUACAAACAGUCUGCGGCCUUCGGGCUUCUACAGUGAUAACGAGAACGAUCAGACAGAAAUUGAUUGGUCGAUGACUAGAGAAGAAAAACAAGCUAUGGAAAUGGAACUCCUGAAUCUUUUGGGUUUGCCAUACAGGCCUAAAAAAAUUAACGAGUCUCAUAUCAAGAAAGCGGCGCCGAGAUUCAUGAUGGACAUAUACAAGGCGCUCAUGGAAAAAGAAAACGAAGAUGAAAACGAGGAUAGUCACAGGAUUAAAAGGAGCAGCGACUUGGAUUUGAAUUUGAGCGAAAAGAAUGCAAUUGAUGAGAGCGAUGUUAUUAUGACUAUUGAGUCUGUUGAACACCACCUCAAUGAAGUUCGUCACGAAAGGGGCAAAAGGUUAUGGUUCAACGUUUCUGAUGUGCCAAUAGCAGAAAAUAUUGUCGGUGCUGAGCUACGUCUUUAUAAGAAGGAGAAUCAUAAACGGAAGAAGUCCAAGGCACUUUUCACCAUCACAGUUUACCAACUCAUCACUAUCAACGAAGGAGAAAGAGACUUGGAGUACGUUUCGGCUUUGAAUACGUCGGCAAGUUCCACUGGAUGGCUGAGACUGAACGUGACAAACUGCCUCGCGAAUUGGGUGGCCUUUCCCAAUUCCAACAAGGGGCUCUACCUGUCAGUGCACCAAGUAGAUAGACCAGAUCAUGAGGUUAGACCGGAAGAUAUAGGGUUGGUUACAGCAAGAAGCGAAGAUGAAACACAUCCUUUCAUGGUGGCGUUCAUGAAAGCCACAAAUCGUGUGAAAGCCAGAAGAAGUACCAGGGAACUGAAACGGACGGAGAACAAUAAUGCUAAUUAUACAACGAUCAUGAAACGUGCAGUACAAGAAAGUGCACCACAUGAGACUCCCACUAGCUGCAAAAUAAGGACUUUGUAUAUAAGUUUCAAAGAUAUCAAAUGGAAGGAUUGGAUUAUAGCUCCAGAUGGUUAUGCCGCAUAUUAUUGUGCAGGAGAAUGUAACUUUCCUUUGAAUGCUCACAUGAAUGCUACCAACCACGCAAUAGUUCAAACCUUAGUUCAUUUAAUGACUCCGACCAAGUAUCCAAAGCCUUGUUGUGCCCCUACUAAAUUGACACCUGUUUCAGUUUUGUAUUUCUUGGACGAUACGAAUGUGGUAUUGAAGAAGUUUAAGAAGAUGGUUGUUAAAAGUUGCGGCUGUCAUUAAAUGCAGAAAAUUUUUAGAGAAAAACCAGCAAUGAAUAAGAAUUGAAGUAUACAGAAUAAGAUUGACUGAAAUUGUAAAUAUUGAUUGUGAGAUAUAGGAAUAUGUGAGAGAGAAUUUUUGAUUAUUGUGCGUAGGACACCUGAUAUCAAUAAAAUUAUUACUUUUUUGUUA